AUGACCGGUUUUGUCAAACAAGUUAGUUUUGGGAACACGGGUUUGAAGAUCUCACCAAUUAUCGUUGGUUGUAUGUCCUAUGGGUCCAAGAAUUGGGCAGAAUGGGUUGAAGAUGAUAAGAAUACGAUUUUCGGCAUUUUGAAGUACUGUUAUGACAAAGGUUUGCGCACUUUUGACACGGCUGAUUAUUAUUCUAAUGGUCUCAGUGAAAAGUUAUUGGGUGAGUUCCUUGUUAAGUAUAAUAUUAAGAGAGAGACUGUCGUUAUAAUGACGAAGAUUUUUUUCCCAUUUGACGAAACUUUGAACCUUAAGUCAAAUACCCCAUUGAGUGAGCUGCAAGAAUUAGAUGUCGUGAAUCAAAGAGGCCUAUCACGUAAACACAUUUUAGAUGGCGUAGAAAAGGCGAUUGCUAGACUUGGUACCUACAUCGAUGUCUUACAAAUCCAUAGGUUUGACCCAGAAACACCAAUCAAAGAAACUAUGAAAGCCCUCAAUGAUGUAAUUGAGUCCGGUCAUGUUAGAUACAUUGGUGCAUCAUCAAUGUUGGCUACCCAAUUCGCCGAAAUGCAAUUUAUCGCUGAUAAAUAUAAUUGGUUUCAAUUCGUUAACGCACAAUCAAUGUACAACCUUGUCUAUAGGGAAGAUGAGCGUGAAUUGAUUCCAUUUUGCAAAAGACAUAAUAUUGCUUUAACUCCAUGGUCUCCGAAUCACAGAGGGUUCUUGACAAGACCAAUUGGUACUAAAUCCCUAAGAUCUGAAUCAGACAGGUUUACAAUAAACAAACUGAGAGAUAAUGUCCUCGAGUCCGAUAUUAAAAUUGUGAAAAGAGUUGAAGAACUUGCCGAAAAGAAAGGUGUGUCGAUGGCGGCGAUUUCGACGGCCUGGGUGGUGAGUAAAGGUUGUCAACCCAUUAUUGGUCUCAGUAAGACAGAGAGGGUAGAUGAUGCGAUAAGUGCUCUAUCCGUCACAUUUACAGAUGAGGAGCUUAAAUAUCUAGAAGAUCCCUAUAAACCAAAGAACUAUAUACUUUGA